CGGCUGUCAAUGCGGAUGAGAAGAAGAGUACUGACGUCACUUCCGUAAACACAAGGCACCUUGCUAUGUGGAAAUUGUGUGCUGGCUGUUUUUUGUUAAUGUCGGGUUUUUCUAUCAUUUAUGCAUCCUGAACGUAUACGAUGUCUCAUGCUGGAUCCUCCUGUACGACCUCUCAUGCCAUCGUAAAGCCUUGUGUGGGUGGAAGAACCGAAGAUUGUCGAGAUGCUAAAUUAGUGAACAAAGACUCCAGCAGCGCAGACAGAAGUGUGAGGGAGCGUGUGUUAAAGCAGGUAGGACUCACCAGCACCACAUUCAUUGGUCCAGCAUUUCCUCCUCCAAAAGCAGCCACCGUUAAGUCUGACAUCGAAGACACACUGAGUGAGUUUUACAAAGAGCUUGAGAAGAUCGAUACGCCUGAUGGUGCUAACGGUAACCCAGGGAUACACAUACCACCCAAAACAUCUGCCAGCAAACAGACUCAGGAUGGACGCGAGGAGAACGUUGUUUACACGAGCAAAUUUGCAGGAACAGACAGCUACCAGAGAAGCAGCGGGCAAAAACAGCCAUCCUGGUCACACUGGUAUCAAAAUGAGCCAUACUACCCCAGAAGACCGAGGCCAGCUGCUCCUGCUCCAAACCAAUGGCGUUUUCCUCAAACUCUGAACAGACCACCAAACCCAAGGUUUCACGGACCCCCAUUCCAUCGUCCGCCACCCCCAUCUGCAUUCCCAAAUCCACAAAACCUGCCAUCACGCGUGAAUCCUAACUGGAGCAGUUUGGGCACAACAAACCAGUAUCAAGAGGACUCCCACUUUCCAACAUUUUCCAGCUACCCACCUCCGAAUGUAUGCAGUAACCCGUCUCAGGGCUUUUAUAGAGACUCUCCACACCACUUUGACAGGGACGAACGGAGCUAUGAUACACUCUCAGAUGAUGUCAAUGUUGGAUGGUCCAGAGAUAGAAAAGAAGAAUCGUGUCAGGUUGGUGAAGAUUAUGACAGGUGCCAGAGAUAUGAUUCAGAAAAUGAGCCGUGGGAGCAUCGCUGCCGACCCCCUGAAACCACGGAUGCGUACCGUUCUUCCCUGGUGCUGAUCUUGAUGAGGGGAUUACCAGGAUCUGGGAAAUCAACACUGGCCAGGGAGCGGCUCUCCACUGGUCCCCGUGGGGUAAUACUGAGCACAGAUGACUACUUUGCUCACAGAGAUGGGUACUGCUAUGAUCCAGGCCUUCUUGGAGCAGCACACGAAUGGAACCAGAACAGAGCUGAAGGAGCUAUGCAUGAUGGCCGAUCUCCCAUUAUUAUUGAUAAUACAAACACCCAAGCAUGGGAAAUGAAGCCAUAUGUCAAAAUGGCCCUGGAGAGAGGAUACAAAGUGGACUUUUGUGAACCUGACACCAGCUGGAAGUUUGAUCCUUAUGAGCUGGAGAAGAGGAACAGGCACGGUGUUCCCCAGGAGAAGAUCGCCCAGAUGAUGGAUCGAUUUUCAUUUCCCAUAUCUGUAGACAUCGUCAUGAGUUCACAAGAGCCGCCUCACGUGAGCCACAGAUGUGGACCAGAGCAGCAGACGAUGAUGAGGAGGAUAACCCCCCCUUUCUGUUAGUUUUUCACAGGAACUUAACCAGCCAAAUAAUUUGCCCUGAAGAACUUUUUUUUUAAAUAUUGUUAACUACUGUUUCUAUGUCAUUUUUAAUCAAUUAUUUUUGUAUACUGUAAAUGUAUGUAAAGAAAGAAGAAAUAUAUUUUUUCUGAAGUUUUCAUAAUUAAAUUUUCACCUAAAACAUC